CCAUCUGACUCUAGAAGACCAAAACCCAAAAUUCUUUCUCUACAAACAAGAAAGGCAGCUAUUCUUCUCUAUAAAUUACUCAACAACACUUGUUUCAGAUCUCGUUCAACUCAAAUUACUCAAGUCACCAUGUCCAAUCAAGCUGAAUCCUCCGAUUCUAAGGGGACGAAGAGGGAUUUUAGCACGGCAAUUUUGGAGCGGAAGAAGGCGCCGAAUCGUCUCGUUGUAGAUGAAGCUGUAAACGACGAUAACUCUGUGGUUGCGCUUCACCCGGAUACCAUGGAGAAGCUCCAGCUCUUUCGCGGUGACACGAUCUUGAUCAAGGGAAAGAAAAGGAAAGACACUAUCUGUAUUGCUCUUGCUGAUGAUACGUGUGAUGAACCAAAGAUAAGGAUGAACAAGGUGGUGAGGUCAAACUUGAGGGUUAGGCUUGGAGAUGUUGUUUCUGUUCACCAGUGUCCUGAUGUUAAAUACGGAAAGCGUGUGCACAUAUUACCUGUCGAUGACACAAUUGAAGGGGUUACUGGAAAUCUCUUUGAUGCAUAUUUGAAACCUUAUUUUCUGGAGGCAUAUCGUCCGGUGAGGAAAGGUGAUCUAUUCCUUGUGAGAGGAGGAAUGAGAAGUGUGGAGUUCAAGGUUAUUGAGACUGACCCUGCUGAGUACUGUGUGGUUGCCCCUGAUACUGAGAUCUUCUGUGAAGGAGAGCCAGUUAGAAGGGAGGAUGAGGAUAGAUUAGAUGAAGUUGGUUAUGAUGAUGUUGGUGGUGUCAGAAAGCAGAUGGCUCAGAUUCGAGAAUUAGUGGAGCUUCCAUUGAGGCAUCCACAGCUCUUCAAGUCAAUUGGUGUGAAGCCACCAAAAGGAAUUUUGCUUUAUGGACCUCCUGGAUCUGGGAAAACACUGAUUGCCCGUGCCGUUGCUAAUGAAACUGGUGCUUUCUUCUUCUGUAUCAAUGGACCAGAGAUUAUGUCAAAAUUGGCUGGAGAGAGUGAAAGUAAUCUUAGGAAAGCGUUUGAGGAGGCAGAAAAAAAUGCUCCUUCAAUUAUUUUUAUUGAUGAGAUAGAUUCAAUUGCUCCCAAACGAGAGAAAACUCAUGGGGAAGUUGAAAGGAGGAUUGUCUCCCAGCUCUUGACACUCAUGGAUGGACUGAAAUCCCGUGCACAUGUGAUCGUUAUUGGAGCUACAAAUCGUCCCAACAGCGUUGACCCAGCUCUGAGAAGGUUUGGUAGAUUCGAUAGAGAAAUAGACAUUGGAGUGCCGGAUGAAGUUGGGCGUCUUGAAGUUCUCCGUAUCCACACAAAGAACAUGAAGCUUUCUGAUGAUGUAGAUUUGGAAAGAAUUGCAAAGGACACACAUGGUUAUGUUGGUGCUGAUCUAGCAGCGCUUUGUACUGAGGCUGCUCUUCAGUGCAUCAGGGAGAAGAUGGAUGUGAUUGACCUAGAAGAUGAGACAAUAGAUGCUGAGAUACUCAAUUCUAUGGCAGUUACAGAUGAACACUUCAAGACUGCCCUUGGAACUAGCAACCCAUCUGCUCUACGAGAAACUGUGGUUGAAGUGCCCAAUGUCAGUUGGGAGGAUAUUGGAGGACUUGAGAAUGUUAAGAGGGAGCUCCAAGAGACUGUUCAAUAUCCAGUGGAGCAUCCUGAGAAAUUUGAGAAAUUUGGAAUGUCACCCUCAAAGGGAGUCCUUUUUUAUGGUCCUCCUGGAUGUGGGAAAACCCUUCUGGCCAAAGCUAUUGCCAAUGAAUGUCAAGCUAAUUUCAUCAGUGUCAAGGGUCCUGAACUGCUUACAAUGUGGUUUGGAGAGAGUGAGGCCAAUGUAAGGGAAAUCUUUGACAAGGCUCGACAGUCAGCUCCUUGUGUCCUGUUCUUUGAUGAACUCGACUCAAUUGCUACCCAGAGAGGAAGCAGUGUAGGAGAUGCUGGUGGUGCAGCUGAUAGGGUUUUAAACCAGCUCCUGACUGAGAUGGAUGGUAUGUCUGCAAAGAAAACUGUCUUCAUUAUCGGGGCCACAAACAGACCAGACAUCAUUGAUCCUGCACUUCUGCGUCCUGGUCGUCUUGACCAGUUGAUUUAUAUUCCUCUCCCUGACGAGGAUUCUCGUCAUCAAAUUUUUAAGGCUUGCUUGAGGAAAUCACCAGUUUCCAAAGAUGUUGACCUCAGAGCACUUGCUAAGUAUACUCAAGGCUUCAGCGGUGCAGAUAUUACAGAAAUAUGCCAACGGGCAUGCAAAUAUGCCAUUAGAGAGAAUAUUGAGAAAGAUAUUGAGAGGGAGAGGAGGAGAAGGGAGAACCCGGAGGCAAUGGAAGAGGAUGUGGAAGAUGAAGUGGCAGAGAUCAAAGCAGCCCAUUUUGAAGAAUCAAUGAAAUAUGCUCGAAGGAGUGUCAGUGAUGCUGACAUACGGAAAUACCAGGCAUUUGCACAAACUUUGCAGCAGUCGAGAGGGUUCGGAUCUGAAUUUAGGUUUCCAGAAGCUGGAACAGGUGCUGCUGCAUCAGAUCCUUUUGCUGCAACUGCUGGUGGUGCGGAUGAUGAUGACCUUUACAGUUAAAUAAUGUUUAAUGUUGUGUCUGUUUAACUUAUGCUUAUGUCAACUUCUAUGCUUGUUUAUUUGAUGAUAUGCAUUACUCGUGAUGGAUAGUGAAAGCUUCAACAUUACUAUCUCAGACCCAAAGAAGCCCUUUGGGAUGAUUACUUGUGGUGACCUUUUGAAGUUGGAAGAGAACAGAAAAUCUCUAUUUUGAUAAUGGAUGGGGCAUGAAACUUUGACAAAAAGUGAA